GGUGGGUCUGGACCCGCCCCUCCUGAGCUUCCUAUAAGGGCUGGGAACCCGGGCCACAGGUUCAGACACCAUGAGGCCCUCCACGAGCCCGGGGACUGUCCUGCUAGCCUUCACGCUGCUCUGUGCCCUCCUAGGUCUUGGGUGCCCACUGAGCUGCGAAGUGUGUAAGGGCCCCGGGCCCAGCUGCAGUGGGAGAAUGAAGACGUGCGAGGCUGGCAAGGACGCCUGCGUGGUCCUGGUGGGGGAGUCCAGCACAAAGGGCCACCAGUCUGUGAAUACCUACAAGAACUGCAUGAAGUUCCGCGACUGCCACUCCGGUUUUGUAUCUACCACCAUGGGUCCCAAGGACUACAUGGUAACCAACACGCACUGCUGCCAGAGUGACGGCUGUAACCGUGUCUCCGUGUCCCCUCCCCUGAACAACCGCACGGAGAAUGGCUUGUUGUGCCCGGCCUGCAUCGCGCCCUUCCAGGAGACAUGCCCAGGGACCCAGGCAGCCCGCUGCGUUGGCCAGGAGACCCACUGCAUCUACUUUGCUGGCAACGUGCAAGCUGGUAUCUUCAACACCAAAUUUGCCACCCGGGGCUGUGCUACGGCAAGUGCCUGCCACACCAGCGCUGGGGCCGAGGUGCCCUCAGCCUCCUAUCUCUACUUCCUUCGCCGAGUAGACUGCCUUCCAGCUCCCCAGCCCCCGGGCAGGGCCGAGUGAAGAACUGAAGAUGUGGCUUGAGAUCCCCGUGUGUCCUCAGUCUGCGGCUCCCGAUGUGCCUUAUACAUUAAACCAGU